AUGUCGAGCCCUCCCAAAUCCCCCGGGCCGGAGCCCAUGGCCGUUGAUUCUGAUUCUUCAUCCCCGCCAUCCUCGCCCGAGGAUGGUCCCGACGCGAGCUAUAAGAGCAAGGCGGAAGUGCUCAACCAUGCCAUUCAGAGUAUUGGAAUGGGUCGCUACCAGUGGCAGCUGUUCGUGGUGAUCGGGUUCGGCUGGGCGAGCGACAAUCUUUGGCCCAUUGUGACAUCCUUGAUUCUGCCAGCCAUCGAAAACGAGUUCCACCCCGCGCAGGGGCCGUUCUUGACUCUGGCACAAAACAUCGGACUGCUCGUGGGGGCUGUAUUUUGGGGUUUUGGAUGCGACAUCUUCGGUCGCAGGUGGGCAUUCAAUCUGACCAUCGGCAUCACUGGGGUGUUUGGGUUGAUCGCAGCAGGAUCGCCCAACUUUGCAGCUGCUUGUGUAUUUGCGGCAUUGUGGUCGGUCGGUGUUGGGGGCAAUCUGCCGGUUGACUCGGCCAUUUUCCUGGAGUUUUUACCGGGAACCCAUCAGUAUCUGUUGACUAUCUUGUCGAUUGACUGGGCAUUCGCGCAAGUGUUGGCCACCCUGGUCGCGUGGCCCCUGCUGGGGUAUCGGACGUGCGAGUCUGGCACGGAUUGUACCAAAGCUAAGAAUAUGGGAUGGCGGUACUUCAUGAUCGCGAUGGGCGGGCUUGCCAUGAUCAUGUUUAUCAUCCGCUUUGUAUUUUUCACCAUCUACGAAUCGCCCAAGUAUUUGAUGGGUAAGGGCAGAAACACCGAAGCCGUGGAGGUUGUUCAUGAAGUGGCUCGCCGGAACGGCAAAACAUCCUCUCUCUCUCAAAAUGAACUCGAUGAUCUAGACCAUGGCGAAGCGACUGGCAUGGACACGACAACUAUUGUGCGCCAGCGCCUCGACAAGCUGAGCCUCAAGCACGUCCGCGCUCUCUUCAACACAACCAAGCGAGCAUAUGCGACAAUACUUAUCGUUCUGGUCUGGGCAUUUAUUGGACUCGGAUAUCCACUCUACAACGCUUUCCUGCCUUACAUCCAAGAAUCCCGCGGUCAUACUUUCGGAGACGGAUCAACAUAUAUCACCUACCGGAAUUCAUUGAUUAUCGCCGUGAUGGGGGUACCAGGAUGUCUCGUAGGAGGAGUCUUGGUCGAGCUGCCUCGAUUCGGACGAAAGGGUGCCUUGUGUUCAUCAACGCUGCUUACAGGCGUUUUUCUGCUGGGCUCGACCACGGCAGCAACAUCCAACGCCCUUCUAGGCUGGAACUGCGCCUUUAACUUCAUGAGCAGUCUGAUGUAUGCCGUUCUGUACGCCUACACACCCGAGCAAUUUCUCACUAAAGACCGUGGCACCGGAAACGCCUUGACUGCAUCUGCCAAUCGCAUCUUCGGCAUCAUGGCUCCCAUCGUCGCCAUGUAUGCUAAUCUCAAUACUCCUGUCCCGGUAUAUGUCAGUGGCGCACUUUUCAUUGCGGCUGGUCUGUUGGUGCUUUUGAUGCCAUACGAGUCGAGAGGGAAGGCAAGUCUGUGA